CUGCGGCCGGCGCUCGACGCGCGCUGCCUGGCGCCGCCGCUCGGGCUGCUGGGUCGGGUCGGGGCGCUGCGCCGCGGCCUGGCUCCGCUGCUGCCCGCUCAGCUCGGCGGCGGUCCUGGCCGCGCCUCGAGGGACGGGACGUGAGGGGGCUCUGCUCCGCUCCCCUCGCUUCACCUUCCACCUGCCGCGCCGGGCCCCGCUCGGACCGCCGCAGCCAUGACCACGGAGGACGAGAUCAUCCGCAUCGCCAAGAAGAUGGACAAGAUGGUGCAGAAGAAGAACGCGGCUGGAGCUCUUGAUUUACUGAAGGAGCUUAAGAAUAUUCCCAUGACCCUUGAGUUGUUGCAGUCUACCAGAAUUGGAAUGUCAGUGAAUGCAAUACGCAAGCAAAGCACGGAUGAAGAAGUUACAUCUUUAGCAAAAUCUCUGAUCAAGUCUUGGAAGAAACUGUUAGAUGGACCUUCAACUGAUAAAGAUUCAGAAGAAAAGAAAAAGGAGCCUGCGUCUUCCUCACAAAAUAGUCCUGAAGCAAGAGAAGAAAGCAGUUCAAGUAGCAAUUCCAGCAGCAGGAAGGAGGAGGGUAGUGCUCCCUCAAAUUCUUUCAUCCCUUCUUUUCCCCGGGCUCCAAGCACUUCGGAUUCUGUACGAGUGAAAUGUAGAGAAAUGCUUUCUGCAGCUCUCAGAACAGGAGAUGAUUACAUUGCUAUUGGUGCUGAUGAAGAAGAGCUGGGUUCUCAGAUUGAAGAAGCUAUUUUUCAAGAAUUAAAAAACACUGAUAUGAAAUACAAAAACAGGGUACGAAGUAGAAUAUCGAAUCUCAAGGAUGCGAAGAAUCCUAACCUAAGGAAAAAUGUGUUAUGUGGGAACAUUCCUCCUGACAAGUUUGCCAAAAUGACAGCAGAGGAAAUGGCAAGUGAUGAGCUGAAAGAAAUGCGCAAAAAUCUGACCAAAGAGGCUAUUAGAGAGCACCAGAUGGCUAAAACAGGAGGUACCCAAACUGAUCUGUUUACAUGUGGCAAGUGCAAAAAGAAGAACUGUACAUACACCCAGGUUCAAACCCGCAGUGCCGAUGAACCCAUGACAACAUUUGUUGUCUGUAAUGAAUGUGGAAACAGAUGGAAGUUCUGUUAGAAGAAGAAAUUGUCAAGACAUCUGGACCAGUAUGAAAGAGGAUUUUGUAAUUAGCUUUAAAAACUAGGCUAAGCAUCUAGCUUCCUGCAAAUGAGAGAAAUUUUGGGGUUUGUUUUCUUUUUCCUUUUUUUUUGUUUUGUUUUUAAAGCAGCAUACAUGCCUGAAGUUAGCCUUUGUUUUGACACAGCCAUCAUUUCCUUAAAUGCCUUCCUAUAGCUAAUAGUCAGUAGGGCCAGGUUGCUCAAUUGUAUGGUGAAUGUUAAAAUAUUUUUUCAUUUUUAUAAGUAAGUUGACAUUAAACUUUUACCAACUAAA